CCCGCAUUAUCGGAGCUCUUUUUUUUUUUUUUAGGUCACGUGAUAACAACAAUCCAUAAUUGAUAGACACUGGAAUUCGCUUCGGGUGGAUUAUCGAACACGCAUUUUGUGUAACCAUGUCGAGUAAAGGUCAGCAGCAGGAUUACUGGAUAAAGGAAAGCAUACGAGAUCAGAAAUUUGAGGACAAUUAUACAUUCGGACCGGAACUUGGCAGAGGAGCGACAUCUGUGGUAUAUAAAUGUGAACACAAUGGGACCAACAAGGCCUGGGCUGUAAAGAUCAUCACAAAACAGAUUGACAGGAAGGUGAUCACCACAGAAGUAGGAAUUCUGUUUCGGCUACAACAUAAUAAUGUGAUUGGUUUAAAAGAAAUCUAUGAGAUUCCUGAAAAGAUUUACUUGGUAUUGGAACUUGUGACAGGAGGAGAACUAUUUGAAAGAAUUGUUGCAAGAGGGUCAUACUCGGAGAAAGAUGCUGCUGAAGCCAUGCAUGACAUCUUAAAAGCUUUAAAGUACAUACAUGGAAAUGGAGUUGUUCACAGAGACAUGAAGCCUGAGAAUUUGUUAUAUGAGAGCAGCAAAGAUGACUCGCCCCUUAAAAUUGCUGACUUUGGGUUGUCAAAAAUGCUCGACAGUGAUGUGUUGAUGUCUACUGUGUGUGGAACUCCUGGGUACUGUGCUCCGGAAGUGUUGAUGGGGAAGCCAUACGACAAGUCAGUGGACAUGUGGAGCUGUGGAGUGAUCUGUUACAUUUUGUUGUGUGGAUAUGAACCCUUCUACGACAAUAACCAGAAAGACUUCUAUAGAAAGAUCCUCAAAGCUGAGUACCAGUUUGACUCUCCAUGGUGGGACGAUAUUAGUGAGAAUGCAAAGGAUUUCAUAAGAAAGAUGCUUAAGAAAGACCCUAAAAAAAGGAUUACAGAGGAAGCCGCCUUGACACACCCUUGGACAGAGGGGACAGCUGCAAAGGGAGAGCACCUCGCCGAGACCCACAAGAAAAUCAAAGAGUUCAAUGCCAAGAGGAGGCUUAAAGCCUUGACAGAAACAGUUCUUCUUACUGCAAGGGCAACUCGCCUCCCAAAUGACAUAGCAACAUCUCAAGCUCCAAACCAACUUGCCACCACCCUGCUGAAUAAGUCCUUGUUCGCACAACAGCAAUCUUCUGCCGGACAGGAACUGAUGGACCUUUAAAACUGUGUAUUACUCAAGAAACAAAAUUAUGUUGCUGAUAUCCCGUCCAUAUUCAUUUUCCAUGCAGUAGAACAUUCUCUAAUAUUGGGUGUAGUCUUGUAGUCUUGUAAGUGACUGCAAUUAUCAACCAACACUGAACGGAACAAGUGUCUUAUGGCAUUCUCAGAGGUUUGGACAAUAUUAACAACUGUCUUAGUCUAAUUUGGUCAAAUACAUUUCGACAGCAGGCUCUUUUAAGAGAUGUACGCAGAGACAGUACUGUUAAAUAGUCCUCUUUGAGGCUUCGACAGUAUUUUUGUAAUAAGUAAUGUUCUGAGUGUGGCAAUGACAGUUAAACAAGAUGAUAAUUUUUUUACAGGUUUGGUAAAUCAAUGACUUGUUCAAGGUGAUUGACCUUUGACUUGAUUGUUGACCUCUUACCUCUGUGAUAUAUAUAAUGUGUGUACCGGUAACUGCUUUAAUUUGUCCUGUUGUAUUAUUUUUUAUAUUUCGAUGUCCGAUACAUUGAUACAUGAACUUGUUGAUGACUUGUUGCUAUAAAAAUAUAAUGAUGCAAUCAUUUUAACAUUAUUUCUUGCUGAUGAAGAGUUGCUUUGUGUUAAUAUUUGUAAAACAAAAACAUUCACUUUCAUUUUUAAAGUUAUUUCCUUUUAAAACUUGCUAUCAAUCAUUUAUUUUGCAAAUAUUUAUCAAAGAAACUAUACUGUCAGUAUACAGUCAUGUAAUUACUUAUAUUUCAACUGUGAAAGUAUACAUGUAAUUACUUGAAUCUCAUCUAUGUAGGUACCAUGUUAUUACAUAUAUACUAAACAGAAUCCCUGAAUUGCGUUUCAAUUCAGCGUAGACAUUCAAUACCGAACAGUGCAUUGACAUUUAUGAAUUAGUAUAUUAAUAAUUAUGUGCUUUAAUUUAAGUCAACUUUUAGCUUACCAAUAUGAUGUUGAAAUUGCAGAAGAAAAUAUCUGGCUACUAAGAAUUUCUAAAAUACAUUUGAAAGAUGAUUAAUAACAUGUAUCGGCUCUUGCAUUUUUCAGCAAUAAGUAGUAAAUAUCUCAUAAAACAACAUCAUCUGCUUUUCUCAUCAGCAACACAAUAAACCAUUAAACAUUCUUAAUCCUUCAAAACCAGGUUUGAACAUGUUUUUUGAGUUUGUGUAGACAUGCUGUUAACUUAUUUUAUAUGUAAAAUGUCAUGUGAACCAAUGAAUUAUGAAUCAAUGGUUUCAUUGUUUUUGUGUACAUUAUACUAAAUCUUACAUUUCAUUUUAUUCUUGAAAAAGUUUACAAUGAGUUUUUUCUACAGAAAUGUAAUUCAGAGAUGAUAUGGAUUCUUAUUUGUCAGUCCCAUAAAAAGCUUGAUAAUAUUUCUGAAAUCUAGAAUUUAGGUAUUUAACAAAAAUAGGAAACACUACCGGGUCCUUGAUCUAUAAUUAACUAAAAAUAGAUUUUUCAUAUUUUAAAUAUGAAAAGCAUCACAGUUUAAAAGAAAAAGAGCAUUAGAAAAGAUUCAUGAAAACGUACCAGGUUUUUCAAUGAAGUUAUUUACAAUAUCCCAAGGACAUUUGCAAUAAGUAUCGUCCUUAAGGCAAUGUAUGCCCAAUCUCACUUAGUAUAAUGCAGUGCCUGACAAUUCAAAUGGGUAAAGACAUUUACCAUGUGAUAUUACAAAACUGCUGAAAUUAUUAAAAUUAUAUGUAUUUUUUAUUUCAUUGAAAAACAAUACUGCUGUUUUCUGUACUGUAUUUUCUAUGUCUGCAUAAUGAAUCCAAGGCUAUUGUUUCAAUAGGAUGUAGGGUUUCUUUGGUGAAAUUUUCUGGUGAUAUAUAUGAAAUAUGAUUAACUUUUAUUAUGAUGUUACUUUAUAUUUUUAUGAUCUGUAAAAGACUUUUUAUCUGAUUUAAAUGGCUGUGGAACUAACUGUGGAAAAACCUGUACAAAUAAAGUUGUCUAUUGUAGAAAUA